AUGGCUACUAGCGUCCAGAGUCCCCCUCCCACCUGGAAAGGUGCUGUUGGAACAUACAAGGAACUGCAAACGGAACGAUAUGAACAAGACAAGGAAUUAGAUGCACAGUCCAAGUUCGGUGCAGUCACAUAUCCUAACUAUUUACCUGUUUGGGACAAUGAGAAGGGGGAGGUCUAUCCACCUCUUGAGCCAUUCGAGCAUGUCGAACAUGGAAAGGACGCAGAUCCAAUAUUUCCUAAUCUGCUGAAGGACGGCAGCGUCCUCACUGAGAUCACUGCAUCAAUUGGGGCUGAGGUCACCGGUGUUCAACUCUCACAACUGACCGACAAGGGCAAGGACGAGCUGGCUCUCCUGGUUGCACAGAAGAAGGUCGUUGCUUUCAGGGAUCAAGACUUUGCAGAUCUCCCCAUCGAUAAGGCUUUGGAUUUUGGAAGAUAUUUCGGUAGACUGCACAUUCAUCCCACGAGUGGUGCUCCCGCCGGUUAUCCAGAAGUUCAUCUGGUUCACCGCGCUGCUGAGGACAAGUCUGGCCUGGAGUUCCUCAACAGUCGCACCAACUCUGUCGCCUGGCAUUCGGAUGUCAGCUACGAAGUCCAGCCGAUUGGGACUACUUUCCUCAUAGCCCUUGACACCCCCAAGGCUGGGGGUGAUACGCUCUUCGUUAAUCAGGCCAAGGCCUACGAAAGGUUGUCGCCCUCUUUCCGUGAACGUUUAGCGGGCUUGAAGGCUGUCCAUUCUGGUUACGAACAAGCUGCUGCUGCUCGGAACAGAGGUAGUAUCGUCCGCAGAAACCCAGUCUCCUCAAUCCACCCCGUCGUUAGAACUCACCCAGCAACCGGCGAGAAAGCGUUGUAUGUCAACCCACAAUUCACGAGAUAUAUCGUUGGAUUUAAGCAGGAGGAGAGCGACUACCUUUUGAAGUUUCUUUAUGACCAUAUUGCCCUCUCUGCCGAUAUUCAAGCCCGAGUGAAAUGGGAACCCCGUACCGUGAUUGUUUGGGAUAACCGCGUCACUGCACAUACCGCUCUGGUUGACUGGGAGGAUGGCCAGCGACGCCACAUUGCUCGUAUUACUCCUCAAGCGGAGCGGCCAUAUGAGUCAUAA